AUGGACAUCUCGAAUCUUCCUCCCACUACGCCCCACCUGAAUGUCUUCGGGCUUCAGAUCAAGGCAACUCCAGCCACGGGACGGGGGGUGUACGCGUCCAGGCAUAUCCCCAAAGGGACUCUUAUUGAGGUUUCUCCUGUCCUCCUAUUUUCUCAGCAAGAAUACGAGGCGUACGGAAAACACACAAUUCUGGACUCCUACGUUUUCCAUUGGCGGCGAAUGAACGCUUGGGCACUUGCACUUGGACUCGGUUCACUUUUCAACCAUUCUCAAACACCCAACAUAACUUUUUCUUUGGAUUACGGUACCAUGUCGAUACGCUACACAACCUCGCGGGCGUUGGCGCCCGGGGAUGAAUUAUGCAUUUGCUAUGGACGUGAGGAAGACAUGUGGUGGAACUCUUCAGAAAGGCCUGUGGUCAGCCAAUCUUCGACACCACCCUCGGAUCCCUUUGAGGGAUUGGACUUAGACACAGAAUGACGUAAAUGUUGGUAUCGAUCCAAGUCAUUUCAGGGAUUAAGGAUUAGAGUGGAAUGUUGGCUUUGGAGGAAUGUGACCACUUGCUGCUCGACACCGUGAGAGCUCUGUGGCGCCGUGUUCUGCAAACGCGUGCAACUGAAACCCAGCCGUCGAUGGCGGGGGGGACGGUUUGGCAAGGAUUCGUACCACUCUGCAAGUGUAAUAUGAACUCAGAAAUAAUAAUUAAGAGUACGGAAAGUUUUCC